AAAUAAUAUAUAUGAUCACCAAGUUCCUUGUUGUUUCGCACGCACCUUUGAUCAUCGAUCGGUCGCUUAUAUAAAAUCCAUUCUUGAUCGAUUAAUAUUGAUUUCUCUCAGCAAAGCUAAUUAAUUAAUUUAAAGUGGUAUAAUUAAUUAUAUUGUUUGCUGUGAUCGAUCAUGGGUUUCAUGAAGUUUGUCAAGUUUCUGAGGUUGAAGCUUAGUAGUUGCAAAAGGGUGGGGGGCAAAAGAGUUGCGGCUUUCGAUAUUGGAGACGAUGACGACGAUGUCGAAGACUAUACUCUGAAAUCUAAUUCCAUUUUUUCAUGGGAAGAGAUUCAGAAGUUGACUAUGAAUUUAUCCAUGGUUAUUGGAUAUGGAGGGUUUAGUACCGUGUAUCUUGCUCAUUUACCCGAUUCUACGACGGCCGCCGUUAAGAUACAGUGCAGCAGCGAGCGUCUGAAUCAAGCCCACAAGCUUGAAUUGGAGAUCUUGCAACAUCUCCAACACCCUAAUAUUGUCAAGAUUAUUGGUCAUUGUCACGACCGAGAAGAAGGCAUAUUGGUAUUGGAGCACGCCCCGAACGGCAAUUUACAAGAGAAACUCCACGGCUCGUCGAAGAAUAAUAAUAUUCAUCUUUCGUGGAAGAAACGAAUCUCCAUAGCCUUCCAGCUAGCUAAGGCAAUUGAGUACCUCCACAAACACCCUACCCUACAAAUUAUCCACGGCGACAUCAAAUCGUCCAACAUAUUGCUCGACCAAAAUCUCAACUGCAAGCUCUGCGAUUUCGGUUCAUCGAAGAUGGGAUUCUCUUCAUUAGUACUAAACCCUAAUUCCAACUCCUUUAUCCGUAGGAAUCGAGUAACCAUGGUUGGUUCUCCCGGUUACACGGACCCUCACUAUCUGAGAACUGGGCUUGCUUCGAAGGAGAACGAUAUUUACAGCUUUGGUGUUGUUAUUUUGGAACUCAUAACCGGAAUACAAGCGUUUAACCCUUCGACUGGUGAGAGACUAACGGUUAGGGCAGAACGGGUACUAAACAACGUCUCGAAGGCGGUGGAAAUAGUUGACCCACGUCUCGAAGGGGACGUUGACUUUGAAGAAGUCAAAGCAAUGGCUGCAAUCUCCGCUAUGUGCUUUUCCGAUUCGCCCGUUCAUCGGCCUUCUGCCUCUGAUAUAUUGAACAUCAUGGCAAACAAGAUUUCCUCCAUAUCCUCGUAACAUAUUCUAUAUAU